CUCCCCCGCCACCACCUCUACACGACCCCCGCCCUCCGUCCCCGAGAAGGAGCCGUGUUAGGUCUCCUUGGCGGGCCCGGGGUGCAGCCAUGGCGGACGGCGGCGGCGGGGGUACGGGUGCUGUGGGCGGCGGCGGAGCUGGCCCAGCCUCGGCGGGGGCGGGGACCGGCGCGGCGGGGGCCGGGAGCGGCGGCCCCAGCAACCCGGCCUCGCUUCCUCCCGGCGACCCGCAGCUGAUCGCCCUCAUCGUAGAGCAGCUCAAGAGCCGGGGCCUGUUUGACAGCUUCCGCCGGGAUUGCCUGGCCGACGUGGACACCAAGCCGGCUUACCAAAACCUGCGGCAGAAGGUGGACAAUUUCGUGUCCACACACCUGGACAAGCAGGAAUGGAGCCCCACGAUGAACAAAAACCAGCUGCGGAACGGCCUGCGGCAGAGCGUGGUCCAGUCGGGGAUGUUGGAAGCCGGAGUGGACAGAAUCAUCUCCCAGGUGGUGGACCCCAAACUAAACCACAUCUUCAGGCCGCAGAUAGAACGAGCGAUUCACGAGUUCCUGGCGGCCCAGAAGAAAGAGGCCGUGCCGGCGCCGCCCCCGGAGCCCGACGGCCAGGACCCUCCGGCCCCCGCCCAGGACGCGUCCUAAGGACAUGCCUGACGUCUUUUGGAAGCUCCGUUGAACAGCGGGGAAGCAGCGGACUCAGUUGGUGACAGGACCACUGCAGAGUGAAAACUGGCCAAGGUUGUCCCUGGCUGCACCUUUGACUUCGGGGUGCGGACCCCAGUGAGCGGGGAGCAAGUCUGGCCUGUGUCCCUGCCAUCGGCCCACCUGUCCGAGGAGCUGGCACCAGCAGACACUACAGAGAUCUGCAGGAACACUACACUAGCCUGGGGUUGUCCUGGAAGAGCCUUCAUACUUGAACUUGGGGACUGCGUGUGACUUCAGGGUUCGCACUGGGGCGUAAAUGACGGCUGCGGUGCAGGGCCGGGGCAGGCCCCGAGACGCAGUUUCUGAGGGCGCGGGUAGCCGGGGUGAGUGGGCGAGCUCAUUUGACGCCGUUUCUCAGAGCUGCGAACUAGAACGCACGAGCCGUUAGCGUCAAAUAGCUCUCACGUUGUGGUGACCCUCUAGUACGAGUCUCCCCCCCCCCCGUGACAGAGCCCGGCCGAUGCAUGCAGAGGCUCGAACACUGGGACGAGGAGAACGUGCGUGCGCGCUCCCUGCAGGGCCGGGAGGCUCAGGUGUGUGUGUGUUUUGUCAUGUUCGUGUUUUUUAGAAAAGUGAAUGAU